AUGGCCCCACCCAAGGCUGCCCUCGACUUUGUCGACUUUGUCAAUGAUUCUCCCACUCCUUACCAUGCCACUCAGUGCGCCGCCGAACGAUUCGAAAAAGCUGGCUUCAAGCUGAUCCGUGAACGCGACUCGUGGGCCUCGACCAUCCAGCCCGGCGGCAAGUACUACCUCACCCGCAACGGCUCGUCCAUCGUCGCCUUUGCCGUCGGCCGCAAGUGGCGCCCCGGAAACCCAGUCGCCAUUGUUGGCGCCCACACCGAUUCCUGCUGCCUGCGUCUCAAGCCCGUCUCCAAGAAGACCAACGUCGGCUAUCUCCAGGUCGGUGUCGAGGCAUAUGGCGGCGGUAUCUGGCACUCGUGGUUCGACCGUGACUUGAGCAUCGCGGGCCGGGUCCUGGUCAAGGAGGGCGACAACUUCGUCCAGAAGCUCAUCAAGAUUGACAAGCCUCUGCUGCGCAUUCCCACGUUGGCGAUUCACCUUCACCGGCAAUCUAGCUUUGACCCCAACAAGGAGAGCGAGCUGUUCCCCAUUGCUGGUCUGGCGGAAGCCGAGCUGAAUAAGAGCGCUGGUGACGAUGCUCCAGCGCAGACUGAGGAGGAGGACUUCAAGCCCCUCGCGAAUAUGGCCGAGCGCCAUCACCCUGCUGUUCUGGAUGUCAUUGCGGCCGAGCUCAACGCCAAGGUUACUGACAUUGUCGACUUUGAGCUGGUGCUUUACGAUACGCAGAAAUCUUGCAUUGGUGGUCUAAAGGACGAGCUCAUCUUCUCACCGCGCCUCGAUAACCUGGGCAUGACAUACUGCUCCGUCAUGGGUCUCAUUUCGUCUGUCCGCAACAACGACUCGCUGAAUGAAGACUCGACCAUCCGCAUGACUGUUUGCUUCGACCAUGAGGAAAUUGGCUCGCAGUCUGCUCAGGGUGCCCACUCGAAUUUGCUGCCAGCCGUCAUCCGCCGUCUGUCAUCUCUGCCCGGGAACCGAGAUGCCUCGAGCGACGGCAGCUACGAAGCCGUCCACCACGAGGGAGAGGAGUCGACCGCCUAUGAGCAGACUCUCUCACGGUCAUUCCUCGUUUCCGCCGAUAUGGCCCACGCGGUUCAUCCCAACUACGCCGGAAAGUACGAGUCCUCGCACCAACCUGCCAUGAACAAGGGCACUGUGAUCAAGAUCAAUGCCAACCAGCGAUAUGCCACCAACUCACCGGGCAUCGUCUUGGUGCAGGAGUGCGCCCGUCUUGCCGGUGUGCCUCUUCAGCUGUUUGUGGUUCGCAACGACUCCCCGUGCGGUAGCACCAUUGGACCCGGGCUAGCUGCCAGACUGGGUAUGCGAACUCUCGACUUGGGUAACCCGCAGCUGAGCAUGCACAGUAUCCGUGAGACGGGUGGCUCUGCUGAUGUUGAAUUUGCGGUCAAGUUGUUUGAUGAGUUCUUUAGUAGUUAUGGCCGUUUGGAGUCCAAGAUUCUCGUGGACUAA